CAGCCGAAACUGAGGCAGUCAUGAAAAUUGAAAGAAGUUAUGUUGCAGGUGGCAUAAGACGCUGUUUCUUCAUGUCCAUAUUCAAAGCUUUCGUCAUACUGUCAUUAAUGUGUAUCUUGUUCACUUUAAGUCUCAUUUCCGUAAUGUUACGUAAUGAUGACGUCAUAACGGUAGGCACACCAAGGGACAGAUUCCGCAUACCAAACGAUCAGGAACUGGAGAGAUUAUCAGAUAAUCAACUUCUGCGUGUAUUUACAAAGUACGUGAACUCGUUCCAGAUAAUGUGUAGAAAUCACAAACGCACCGGUCAGUUAGUGGAUGGCGGAAAGGAGGUGUGCGUGGAUGAAGUUAUCCGCCCGAAAUCUCCAUGUCUCGUGUAUUCAUUCGGAAGAUGGAAAGAUGAGAAGAAGUUCUGUUUAGUGAGGAGAAAUGGAAACCUAGAAAAGGUCGAGAUACAGAAAAAUUCGAACAACCAGUUUGACUUCGAGGAUGGAGUAAUAAAACAAUUCGGUUGCGAAGUACUGACCUUUGAUCCGACAAUGGGCAUGUUAGAUAGAAAAGAUUUGAAAAUCCCAAAAGGAUGCCGUUUCUACGAGAAGGGACUUGAUGGGGAGGAUAAGCCAGAGAAACGCCUGUACAAGCUUGGCACUAUCUUAAAACAGUUUGGACACUCAGAGAAAGCGCUUGAUUUACUUAAAAUUGACAUUGAAGGAUCAGAAUGGUCUGCCCUUGAUGAAAUGAUGACGUCAGGGACCCUGAAAAAUGUCCGUCAACUUUUCGUAGAAUUUCAUUUUCAUGGUUUGACAAAAGAUGAAAAGAUAAGAAAUUUAACAGUUUUCAGAAGGCUCUAUGACUAUGGUUUCAGAGCGUUUAGCCGAGAAAGAAACACGGUAAUUGCCAAAGAUAAAAUUGAGAGUUAUUCUCAUAUUUUGAGGAAUAGUUUUGUGCCGGGUUCAGAGAAUAUCUUCAACACGGGGAACUGCGUGGAACCGUAUAAAUUGGCGCUAAAGCACGCCGCCUUUCAGAACUAUAUCAUGGAAAGAGAAAAAGAGAAACAGAGUCAAAACGGUACAGGGCCUCCAAAAGCAUUCGAGCGAGGGGCUUCAAUAACGGUAGAGCCUCCUCAUCAUCCUGGAGUCGCUAACAUCAGAGGGAUAGUCAGUUUGGAGCCACAAUCAAGCCGAGGAGCGGCCUACAUGAGGAACACGGCUAGAAUAAUGAAAGUGCAUGAGAAAGAGGAGAAAAGGGAUUAUGGGAAAGAAGAGAAAUUCAAACUCAAGAGAAGGUGUAGCAGUAUCAUAAUUGAGGAUGACCAAGAUAUCCAAAAUCUAGAACAAUUACCACACGGCACGAUAAAACCAAGUAAACAGUGCCGGCAUAACCCUUAUGACUUCCCAAUACCGCAAUCACCGGCACUUACACCAGGUAAGACAUUUACGGGUAAAACCCUUAAUGACUUCCCAAUACUUACACCAGGAAAGACAUUUACCUGUUUUGCAUAUAGGCCUAAUGACUUCCCACUUUCGCAGUCACCGGCACUUACACAAAACACCUUUGCGACGACACCAUGGUUUCCAAGAACAGUCAGUGACCUGGAUCGUACAGCAAAUCGUGUGCUCAUGUACGGUACGGAGCUCGAUGCUGACCAUCCUGGUUUUACAGACAAGGUAUACAGACAAAGAAGACUUCAUUUUGCUAACAUUGCCAUGAACUACAGACAUGGAGAUCCAAUACCUAGGGUAGAUUACACAGAGGAAGAGAGAAAAACAUGGGGAACUGUAUUUCGGGAGCUAACGAAAUUAUAUCCGACACAUGCAUGCAGAGAAUACCUAAGAAGCUGGCCAUUGUUAAAGGAAUUUUGCGGAUACCGAGAAGACAACAUUCCCCAGCUACAGGACGUUUCAGAAUUUUUGAAAGCUCAGACAGGAUUCACACUAAGACCAGUUGCUGGGUAUCUUUCGUCACGUGACUUCCUGGCUGGAUUAGCUUUCCGUGUGUUCCACUGUACACAGUACAUACGUCACCAGUCUGACCCCUUGUACACACCGGAGCCGGAUUGUUGCCACGAGUUGAUGGGACACGUGCCUCUGUUCGCUGACCCAAGUUUCGCCCAGUUUUCUCAGGAGAUCGGACUCGCGUCUCUCGGAGCGUCGGACGAUGAAGUGGCAAAGCUGGCAACGUGUUAUUUUUUCUCGGUUGAGUUUGGACUGUGCAAACAGGACGGUGAAUUGAGAGUUUAUGGAGCUGGCCUCCUGUCCUCUAUCAGCGAGCUCAAGCAUGCACUGACAGAUGAGGCUGUCAAGAAGGCGUUUGAUCCACUGACCACAUGUCAACAGGAGUGUUUGGUGACCACUUUCCAAGAUGUGUACUUCUACGCGGAAAGUUUUGAGGAAGCUAAAGAGCAGAUGAGAAACUUUGCGAGUACCAUAAAACGACCAUUUGCAAUCCGAUUCAACCCCUACACACAGAGUGUCGAUGUCCUUGACAACACGCGCUGUAUUGGUUACCUAGUAAGCGAGGUCAAAGGUGAAUUAUGUAUAGUUAGUGACGCACUUAGACGGGUUCAACUACUUGAAAAGGAGAAAUCUAAAAGAAAGACUUUGGAGAAGCCAAAAGAAAAUUCUAUUGACGAAGAAGCACGUCAUUAAAGAUAUGUAAUAAGUAGGCCUGCCGCCAACGAUCGCGUAUCAGCUUGGCAUAAUGUGACUUUGUUCCGUGUCGGUGUUGAGGCACUUUGUUCUCAUACAUACAAAAAUCAUUCCAGCUGAACAUAAUAUCAUUUAAUUUAUUACACUACACAAUAUUUAAGCAAUUUAUAGUCUAUUCUAACAGACUCUGUUCUAUCUAUAUUAUUACACAACAAUGUUAUCAUUAACUUAGUGUGGUCGAUAUGAGUAUUUAUUAUCAAAUCUAUAUUUAUAGCAAUUUCCAUUGGUUUUAACACAGUAAUGUGGUUAAAAAUCGUAAUAACACUCGGGAGAAGCCAAAAGACAUAUCUACCCCAAUUAGUGACGUCAUAAAAAUGUGAUGACGUGUACACAAUUUAAGACCAAAGCACUGGAGGACAUACAAACUGCUCUAAACUAUAUUAUAUAAUAUUUAAACUUUGACUCAUUGUUGCUAUAUUUUCUGACCCUUUGGGCUCAUACAGUACACUCAUUUUUGCUCUCUAGCCGGUGCUAGGGGUUGCGACGGAUGUUGCAUAGUCAGACCGAGACUGCUAGUAUAAUUCUUGGUUGUGGUUUAUGCUUCCCAGAUUUUAUUGAUUUGUCUGUUCUUAAUUUAUCCCCAUUUAUUACAUGUACUAAUAAAACAAUUGCCGAUCGGUCAGUAUGCGGAUUUAUCCAUAUCUUUACAGGUCGAUAAAUCCUUAUGUCGACCUCACUAAAGGGCAAUAACUGUAUAUUGACCGACCUGGGUAAAGUGAUAUUGACCGAAUAAAUCAUAAAACUCUAUCCAUAGAAUCAACCUAAAAUCAAAUUAAAUUUGUUACAUCUAUUCAUUGUUAUAACUUGUGUUCGGCGUCACUUAGUUAUAACGUCACGUUGUUGCCCGAUUACAAGUAAGUCAUACGACAGUUCAGCAUUAAUCCCGUGGCAGUGUUUAGACCAAUGGAAAGAACUAUAAAUAUAGGUUCAAAAAAAAAGCAAAACAAAUAUACCUUAUAUGCACCGAAUAAAACAGCUAUACCACCGUUUGCUAUUUUGCUAGUAAAUGCAUUUAUUGAAAAAUAUAGGGGGCCUACAUUUAGAUUAUCUAGAUCAAGUUGUAAUAGAACCUAUAAAGAUGUGUAAAUGUUAUCUUUUUUACCUGAAACUGGUUAAAAUUUUACAGAUACAAGAUUUUCUUUUUUCGUUAGGAUACAACAACGACGUUAUUUUCUUUUUGUUGCCAUUUCUUCCCCGUUAGUUUGUAAAUACUAGUGAUGGGCAAAUCGGUUAGAUUUGCCAACCGAUUAAUCGGCAUAAUCGGACAAGCCGA